AUGCCCGGAGAUCGCAUGCUUGGGACCCUUUUGAGGGCUUUGCAGACGUAUACCCAGCAAGAGGACACGCCGAGGCUCUUCGGAACAGCCUCUUCGCUAUUGACAACGCUCAAUAACCCACUAAAUGUGACGCUGCUCACUACUCAGCUGCUCUCAGCUCCUGCGCCGGAGCGAACAUUGCCCAAAGACGACUGGAUUCGAGCGGUUGUAAGCGGAGCUGAUGAACACUCGCCACGAUGGCGACAUUUGCUCGUAAUCGCUGGAUUGCUUCUCGGCUUUGGACCGGCCGAGGACGAGUAUCUUUCCAGCAGCAUGCGGAGCACACUAGAGAAUGCUCUGGUAAAUGCUACGAAUCUCGCGCUACAGGAGACUUUGGAUGACGAUGAGCUGGGACUCUCGACCAUUGCACUGGUUGUGAACCACUGCUUCUCCUCUCUGUCAGAUCAUGCGAGAUCUAGCUUAGAUUACAACACCCUGCUUCCGGUCUUGAUGCGCUCAACAUUUCACUCAGCACACGGACUGCGAUCCGCUUACUUUCUUGGAGCUUUGGAUCGCGAUGUUCAAGCAGCGCCCAAUGCGAAGCUGAACUGGUCGGAACAGUCUGGUUCUUUUCAGGAAAUCAAAGAAAUGCUUUCAAGUCCACUGGUGUCAUCGCUUGGCCCACUGUCACGAUUGAUAGGUCACUCGUUAGAGCAGGUGCAAGACUCACGCCUGGUCACUGCUGCUCUGGACGAUCUGGAGAUUUUCACCAAGACGCUGCUCACGCAGUGGCGGCUGAAUAAAUUGGCCGGAAUCGAACAAGUUGAGCAGGGAGAGCACCUGGAUGAAGCCACAUUGAACACUACAUUACCGGCGCUGUGGAAACUUCUACAGCCCGUAAUGUUCGCAAGCGUGAUUAUCAUGCGAAGUAUCUUGGGCAGGAUACUGGGUGAUGGUGCUCUUGCAUGCGACGAUGUCGCCCCAAAACUUGCCCGCCAAACCCUCCUCAUCCUCCGAAGCCUCUACUUUAUCACGACCCGGCAAGGCGUCGCAACCUUCUCCCAAUACAACUUCGUCUAUUGCGCAGCCAUCGACAUUCUAAACGCUUAUUCCAUGUCAGUCCAACAUUUCCUCCGAGAGAUCCAGCCCCUCCAGCUCGGCUCCGUGGCCCAACACCCUCUAGACCGAAACCUCGACCUCUUCUUCCUGAACACCUCCGAACACUUUACGUUGAUCCUCCCACCACACAUGACAGCCGAGCUGCUGGUCCCAACCGUAACAUCCUACCUCGCAGCAGGCGGCAAAGGACCCCUCUUGGAAAUCUACGAAGCAGCGCAUAGCGUGACCCUCUCAAUCUUCUCCUCACCUCAAAACUCCACAGCCACAAUUGAGAAUCUGCCAUUCUACGUGGACUCCCUCUUCCGCGUCUUCCCCAAAAAUCUCUCUGCUCGACAGUUCCGGUUGGCAUUCAAGACUCUACUGAAGCUCACAUCGCCACCCUCGGAACUGGCAGUUUCCCAACCUCUGAUGCCCGCAAUCCUGCUCGAACUCCUCCAUUCCCGGUCCCAACAAGCCUCCACAACACCGAUACCCAUUCACCCCGGGUCCCCUGAGGCAGACAUCGAGUUGCCCGUCCCGCUUUCCGAACAAGCGGUUUUGACCCUCACACUGCUCGAUACGCUGACGCAAAUUCCGCUGGAACUACUGGAUGAAUGGUUGCCAAUCGCGGCGGAUAUGGUCCAUGAUGUSCAAGAUCAAGACAUGCGAGAGCAUUGUAAAGAGCACUUUUGGCAGAUUUUGGUUGGGGGGSAAUUGGAUCCGGAGAGAAGUAGACUUUGUCAUGCGUGGUGGAGUACGGCGGGAGGGAGAGCGUGGGUGCUGUAUGGGAGGAGGGAAGAAGAGGGUCGUGGGAAGGAGGAUGAUGAUGGAGGGGAGCCGAUGAUGAGUGGCGCAUUGCCGGAUAGGAAUGGGGAGAGUAAGUUGUAA